AUUAAACCAGACUAUAACAUACCAACAUCCGAAUAUAAACCCACUCUCACUAAACCAGACUAUAAGAAAACCAAACCCGAAGGAAAUUAUAAGUCUUAUCUCCCCAAAAUACCAUAUUAUCAGACACCAAAGCAAGAAGGAAAGGAUGAGAUACUCCCAACAAUCAUUGGUAUUCAAGGGCUUGUUUUAUGUAAAGCAGGCUCCAAGUACUUCGCGCUUAAAGGAGCUGUGGCAAGAAUAACAUGUGUAGCUGUUGAUGAUAAGGGGUACGAGACAGCUCCUUUCUCAAUAUUGAGUAAUGGAUGUGAUGCAAAUGGCUACUUCUUCGCAACAUUGUCUCCUUAUUCAAGCCUCCUGAAUAAUAAGAAGAUUAAGGAAUGCAAGGCAUUCUUAGAUUAUUCUCCUCUGGAUACCUGUAAAGUUCCUACCGAUGUUAAUCAUGGUAUUAGUGGUGGUCUCCUUUCUUCUUACCGCGUCCUCAACGAAAAGAAUAUAAAAUUAUACUCCGUUGGGCAUUUCUUCUACACCUCAGAGACUCAGUCGGUCCCUAAUGGUUACUAGAGUACUAUAUGCCUAUUUUAAUUUUGUUUUGGAGAAGCUGUGGAAAUGUAUUCUAUAGUUUGGUAUUUAUUUUAUUAGUGGUAGAAGGUUAUAUAGCCUCUGCCAUUUGAGCUUUGUAAUAAGUUGAGGGCAUGUUUCUAUGCUCUUGUUUUAACCAUGUGACUUUCCUUA